UUUACGGGGGCUGCAGGGGCCGACGCCAGAGGGGUCGGGCAGGGCCCAGCCACCGCUCCUAGGGGAGGCGGCGUGCUAAACGGGGGCGGGUCGGAGCGGGAGUGAGGCCCGCACGGACGCCGGUGCGUUGGGCCCCGCGCCUCGCGCACUGGGCAUCCCCGCGCGCCGAGCUGCGCUGGGAUCCGCUCUGCUGCCUGGAUCAGGUGAGGCUUCGGUGAACGCUGAGCGCCCGAUACCAGCCCGGCGGGGGCACAAUGGCAGCCACAGUCAGAAGGCAGAGGCUGAGGAAGCUUGGCUGUUGGGCCUUGAUGGCUAUCAUCUUGGCAGACCUGUUGGCACUGAGUGACACGCUGGCGGUGAUGUCUGUGGACCUGGGCAGUGAGUCCAUGAAGGUGGCCAUCGUCAAACCUGGAGUUCCCAUGGAGAUUGUGUUGAACAAAGAGUCUCGGAGAAAAACCCCAGUGACUGUGACCCUGAAAGAAAACGAAAGAUUCUUUGGAGACAGUGCAGCUGGCAUGGCCAUCAAGAACCCAAAGGCUACACUGCGCUACUUCCAGAAUCUCCUAGGAAAGCAGGCAGAUAAUCCUCACGUGGCCCUUUAUCGUGCUCGUUUCCCUGAGCAUGAGCUAAACUUCGAUCCUCAGAGGCAGACGGUGCACUUCCAGAUUGGCCCGCAACUGCAGUUCUCACCUGAAGAAGUGCUGGGCAUGAUUCUCAAUUACUCGCGUUCCCUGGCUGAAGAUUUUGCAGAGCAGCCCAUCAAGGAUGCUGUGAUCACCGUGCCAGCCUUCUUUAACCAGGCUGAGCGCCGGGCUGUGCUGCAGGCUGCUCGAAUGGCAGGCCUCAAAGUGCUGCAGCUCAUCAAUGACAACACUGCCACUGCUCUCAGCUAUGGUGUCUUCCGCCGGAAAGAUAUCAACACUACUGCACAGAAUGUCAUGUUCUAUGACAUGGGCUCAGGCAGCACCGUGUGCACCAUUGUGACUUACCAGACAGUGAAGACUAAGGAAGCCGGGAUGCAACCUCAGCUGCAGAUCCGGGGGGUGGGGUUUGACCGCACCCUGGGGGGUCUAGAGAUGGAGCUCCGGCUGCGGGAGCACCUGGCUGGGCUCUUCAAUGAGCAGCGCAAGGGCCAGAGAGCCAAGGAUGUGCGGGAGAACCCACGUGCCAUGGCCAAGCUGCUGCGGGAGGCCAAUCGGCUCAAAACCGUCCUGAGCGCCAACGCUGACCACAUGGCCCAGAUCGAAGGCCUGAUGGACGACAUAGACUUCAAAGCAAAAGUGACUCGAGCGGAAUUUGAGGAGUUGUGUGCAGACUUGUUUGAGCGGGUGCCUGGGCCUGUCCAGCAGGCCCUUCAGAGUGCGGAAAUGAGCUUGGACGAGAUUGAGCAGGUGAUCCUCGUGGGUGGGGCCACGCGUGUCCCCAAGGUUCAGGAGGUGCUGCUGAAGGCUGUGGGCAAGGAGGAAUUGGGCAAGAACAUCAAUGCAGAUGAAGCAGCUGCGAUGGGGGCUGUGUACCAGGCAGCUGCCCUCAGCAAAGCGUUCAAGGUGAAGCCAUUCGUCAUCCGAGAUGCAGUGGUCUACCCCAUCCUGGUGGAAUUCACGAGGGAAGUAGAGGAGGAGCCUGGCAUCCGCAGCCUGAAGCACAAUAAACGGGUUCUCUUCUCCCGCAUGGGGCCCUACCCUCAACGCAAAGUCAUCACGUUUAACCGCUACAGCCACGAUUUCAACUUCCACAUCAACUACGGUGACCUGGGCUUCCUGGGGCCUGAGGAUCUUCGGGUGUUUGGCUCUCAGAAUCUGACCACAGUGAAGCUAAAAGGUGUGGGUGACAGUUUCAAGAAGUAUCCCGACUACGAGUCCAAGGGCAUUAAGGCGCACUUCAAUCUGGAUGAGAGCGGUGUGCUCAGUCUGGACAGGGUGGAGUCUGUAUUUGAGACCCUGGUGGAAGACAGCCCAGAGGAGGAAUCUACUCUCACCAAGCUUGGCAAUACCAUUUCCAGCCUGUUUGGCGGUGGUGCCACGGCAGACACCAAAGAGAACGGGACGGAUGCUGUUCAGGAGGAAGAGGAGGGCCCCACUGAGGGGGGCAGGGACGAGCCUGGGGAGCAGGUGGAGCUCAAGGAGGAAGCUGAGGCCCCAGUGGAGGGAACCGCUCAGCCCCCACCCAUGGAGGCCAAGGGAGACGCAGCUCCUGAGGGGGAAAAGCCCCCCGAAAAGGAAAAUGGGGACAAGUCUGAGGCCCAGAAGCCCAGUGAGAAGGGGGAGUCGGGGCCUAAAGGUGCCCCUCCAUCCCCUGAGGAAGAAAAAAAGCAGAAGCCUGCCCGGAAACAGAGGAUGGUGGAGGAGAUCGGCGUGGAGCUGGUUGUUCUGGACCUGCCUGACUUGCCAGAGGACGAGCUGGCUCGUUCAGUACAGAAACUUGAGGACUGGACCCUCCGAGACCUUGAGAAACAGGAACGGGAGAAAGCUGCCAAUAGCUUGGAAGCUUUCAUCUUUGAAACCCAGGACAAGCUGUACCAGCCUGAGUAUGAGGAAGUGUCCACAGAGAAAGAGCGCGAAGAGAUUGCUGGGAAACUCAGCGCUGCAUCCACCUGGCUGGAGGAUGAAGGGUUUGCAGCCACCACUGUGAUGUUGAAGGAGAAGCUGGCUGAGCUGAGGAAGCUGUGUCUGGGACUGUUUUUUCGGGUGGAAGAGCGCAAGAAGUGGCCUGAGCGGUUGUCUGCCCUUGACAGUCUCCUCAACCAUUCCAGCAUAUUCCUCAAGGGUGCCCGACUUCUCCCAGAGAUGGACCAGAUCUUCACUGAGGUGGAGAUGACAACGUUAGAGAAAGUCAUCAAUGAGACCUGGGCCUGGAAGAAUGCAACCGUGGCCGAGCAGGCCAAGCUUCCUGCCACAGAGAAGCCCGUGUUGCUCUCAAAAGACAUCGAGGCUAAGAUGAUGGCACUAGACCGUGAGGUGCAGUAUCUGCUCAAUAAGGCCAAGUUUGCCAAGCCUCGGCCCAGGCCCAAGGACAAGAAUGGUACCCGGACAGAGCCUCCCCUCAAUGCCAGCGCAAGUGACCAGGAGGAGAAGGUCAUCCCUCCAGCAGGCCAGGCUGAAGAUGCAAAGCCCAUUUCAGAGCCCGAGAAGGCAGAGACUGGGUCUGAACCAGUAGACACCGAACCCCUGGAGUUAGGAGGGCCUGGAGCAGAACCUGAGCAGGCACAGCAGCCAGCAGGACAGAAGCGGCCUUUGAAGAACGAUGAGCUAUAAUGUCACCUCCAUCUCCCCUCGUCCCAGCCCCUUCUCCUGCCACCUCUAUUUAUUACACGUCGGGGUGGGGGCUUGAGUUCUUCCCUCACUGGGAACAGCGCGUGGCAAGGGGGCAGGUGGGCGCCACUCACCAGAUUCUUCUGGAAUAGCCCUGUGGUUAAAAUCUGAAUUUGUCUGGCCCCCAUCCCACCCUUACUCCCAGGCUCUUUACCUGUCCGGCCCUGCGUUGGGGAAAAAUCACUAAUAUGUCUUAAUUCCUUGCCGUGGGUAGGUGAGAGAAUGGCCGCGGGGCUAGUGGAGACCUGGGAGUGGAAGGGGGUCCGGGUCACAGAACAGCGUCCUUCCUCCCCUCCUUUCCUUUCCUGCCACGCAGUGGUGUCUGCUUUGGGCUAGGGCUGCAGAGCCUCGGUCACCAGGCUUUGUUUCCGAGUGCCCAUCUCUGCUCUUUCCUCCCUGCAAAGUGUUCUCUUUCCCUGGCCCCCACUCCCCCCGGCCUCCUCUUCACUCGCAUCCUUGGCAUCCUGGCACAUGUUGGGUUCCUCUUUCCUGCUUGCCCAAAGCCUUCCCUGUGGCUGGCCGGGGUCAGUUUGAAGUGUUCCCACAGCACAUGAGCCUGGCGGCCAGAGCAGGCUGGGAUGGGGUCAGCAGGAAGCCGCUGCUGUCCAGGGAGGAGGCUGUGUGAGAGCCCCAGAACGCCAUCUGUGGGCACCUGGCCCAAGAAAGCCCGUAGAAUGCUGGGCGUGGAUGUAGCGUCCUGUAUAUACUCAUGGCCCUUCCCAGAGCCUGGUUCUCCAGGUGGCUGUGAGUUACUGUCCCCUCCUGUCCUGUCACUCCCUGAUGCCCCCCCUCCCCCAGGCUGACCAAAAUGUGCUUUCUACUGUGAGCCCCUAUCCCAAGACCCCUGGGGGAUGGAGAGACCAUGGUGUGAGUGUAAAAAUGCCACUGGUGGGCUUCGGGGUACAGGAGGAGGGGCAGGGCUGGCCUGCCUUCUGUGCAUUGCUCUGCUAGAACUGGGGGGUCCCUUACCCACUCUGCCAAGGCCUAGGGAGCCUGUCCUCCAGUGUCCCAUCUGUCGUGGCAGCUGGGGCUGACUCUCAGCUCCAGGACAAGGCAAACCUGGUUGUCAGUCCCCACCCUACCCCAUCUCCUUACCCCCUCACAUUGGCAGUGAGGGACCUAAGUCCCACCUCUCCCCCUCCCAUUGUUUGAGUUCCGUCAUUAGCAAUUGAAGCUGGAUGGACAGGUUUAAAUCAAAUUGUACUUUGCUCCAUUGUUAAUUGAGAAACUGUUUCAAUAAAAUAUUCUUUUCUACAA